AUUCCUCCAGCCACGAGGAGGCGCUGUGACGUAGACUGUGACGUCCCUGCGCUUCAAACUGUCCCGGGAAAAAUCUGUCGGACCAGAUCGUCAACACAAGAACCUGAACCAGAACCUCAACCAGAUCCGUUUAAAGUCGUCAUGGUUCAAGAUUUUCACGUUGUCAAGUGUUUCAAGUGUGAGAACUUCCAGGUUCAACAGGUGAAGAAGGUCAACAGGUGGAGCUGUAAAGUUUGUGGAGAGAAACAGACGCUGCUAAAGGAGUAUGGCCGGGGCUCCGGGGCAGACUGCAGACGUCAUGUUCAGAAAAUGAAUGCCAUGAAAGGAGCCAUGAUGGAGGAGCAGGAGCACAACACCUGGUCACUAUGGGAACAGGACAAGGCAGAACCUGAGGAAGAGAGAGACGACCAGGUGAGACAGACUCAGGUGAGUCGCUGGAGCAAAUACCUGGAUCCACCUGAGGAGGCGGGGCUAGAGGAGGAGCAGGAAAAGGUUUUGAUGGACAGACAGCAGUUGCAUGGCAACAACGUUACUGACAGGAAGAGGAAAAGAAGAGAUGCAGCAGAGCAGAUCUUCAGUCCGACAAGAACUCAUGGUGAACCUAUCAAAACCAGAACCACCAGUCUGAACCAGUCCAGAACCACCAGUGAGAAGAAAGUUCAUCCUCCAGAUGUCAGUUCUGGUCCGGUCUCCAGGUGGCCUCUUUUCCUCAGUUCUGACUGUCAGGUGCAGAAUGGAGAGAAGCCGUCUGUCAGUGGGUGGACUCGACAAGUGGGUGGAGCCACCUCCCUCCCCUGUGGUGACAUAAUUACCAGCUCCCGCCCACUUCUUCCUGUUUCCUCCCUGUUUGAAACCGAAGAGGAUUUCAGCUUCGAGAUCUGAAAAAUCAUUAUCAUGAAUAGGUGGUGUAAUAUUUCAUAUAAAGUGCAGCUGAUCAAUAAACCGAUCAAUUACAAA